AUGGAGCAGCGCCGCGGCUAUGGUAACCACCUGAUUCCAAUGCUUGAAGUUACAAUGGAUGGCCCUCCAUCAUGGCCUCCACGCAUGCAUUGCAAAGCAAUUUGCAUCGCUCUUGAGGGAGGGGAGAGGCCAGUCAAGAAAGCUCUGCUCCAACCUGGAGCUCCCAUGGGAUCAAAAGUGCAGCAGUCUCUGUCAUGGCUGUCCGUAGUUGUCGCCCUGGAUGCCACCAGGUUUUCACCGCCAAGCGACUUACGCAGGGCAGGUACUGUCAACUUGGCACGUCGUUUCUGGCUCAUCCGCAUGGUGACGAAGUUCAUCUUACUUCAACAUACAUGUAUUGAAUGUCGUUGUGGACAUUUUCGGUGUCUGAGAGAAGGACGGCGACAAGAAGAUGUGGACGUGCGCUGCUUUAAGUAG